UUGAUUUAUAAACAACCAACACUUCCAACCAAGAAGAAAACCUAGCUACACAUCUCUAUGGCAACGACAACUAUAAAUUAGCACUGCUAAUGUGUCCAUGACUGAAAACUUGUUGAAGUAGCUGUUAAUUACAGCAUUAACCGUUUAUUCGCUGACAUUCUCGCCACGUACAUUUGCAAUCGCUGCAGGCUGUUAGCUAGGUAACAGAUUGCAUGUUGUUGCGAGCAAGAAAAAUACGAAAAAGUAGCUGCGUGCUAACUAUAGCUAACUAUAGGUGCUAGCAUUGCUUACAUCAAAACAAGAGCGCUUUUUGAAUGUUUACCUGCUAAAUAUGAAUGUCAUGGCGGACAGUUGGAACACAGAUACCGGAGAAGCUGUGUAUCGGUCCCGGGAUGCUGUCAAAAACUUGAGAAUAAGGGUGCGUAUAGAGAAGGUGACCUCUACAGCAGCCCUCUCUCAGCACCUCCAACAGCAAGUUCUGUCCCAGCAAGACAGAGGGGACAUUGAACUGGAAACCCUCACCUCACGAGGCCAGACAGGUGAUAAUGAGGAGGAGCUGGUGGUGGGCUGGCAGGAGAAACUCUUUAGUCAGUAUGAGAUGGAGCUGUUCCAGAGCGAGGCAACAUGUCAGACCCCUCUGGACCGUCAGUAUCAUGCAGAAGUCAAGGCCCUGAACAAGUCUAAGGGCCGACGUAAUCACAGGAUUUUCACAUAUACAGAUCAUGACCGCUACACCAGCUGUCUUCCAUUCCACCAACUGCACUCCACUGACUUAUUGACAACAACCAAAUCCAGCCCCACAUUCCUGGCUGAAAGGAUGGCCAAUCUGAGACACAGGCGGCAGGAUAGACGCACCAUAGAUUGUAGUAUUCCUAAAUCAAAGAUUGUCAACUGGGAGCCCACAGAGGAGUUUGUGAAAAGCAGUCAUGUGGUGAAUAAUGCCAUGCAGACCAUGCACAUCAUGGCAGACCUGGCCCCCCCUGGAAGGCUGGGCCAGAAAGAUAAGGAAUAUUUGUUGGUAACCAUAAAAACCGAUGGCAGCGGAACUGUCAUUGUAAAACCUGACUUCAACAAAGGCAAAGAGCCCUACAGGAUUGUAACGGCGGGGGAGAAGAGGGAAGUUUGGCGUCUCACUGUGGAGAAUGUAUGCACAGCCAUGCCACCAGAGGAACAGGAGAGGGAGCAGAACAUGUACAAAGACCUGUACGUACGGCACAAGGAGUACCUCAAUAGCCUUGUUGGACACGACUUUGAGAUGCCUCCUGCAGGUAUUCUGCGUUACCUGAUGAAUGGAGAGAUAGUUUUGGCCAAAGGCUUCGAAUAUGAUAACUUAUACAUCCACUUCUUCAUGGAACUGCCCAACAAUUGGUCCAGCUUGCCAUUUCAGUCUCUCUCAGGUGUUACCCAGACCUGCCGGACCAAAACAUUAGGGAAGGAAAAUGUAGCUUUCUUCAGUUACCCCUUUAGCUUUGAGGCUUUCUACAUGAGUGAAAAAGAGAGUGACGAGUCAAUUCUCCAGUGGCCAGUGAUCUACUUCAAGGUUCUUUCUCUGGACUCGUGGCAGCGCUAUCGAACUGAAGGCUAUGGCUAUCUGCUUUUUCCUGCCCUGCCUGGUAAACAUACCAUAACAUGCCAUACGUGGAGACCCCUUCAGACAGGGACAGGCUCUGCACUAAGGCGCUUCUUUAUUGGAGGAUCUCCGGAGCUCGAAGACCACAGCUACGUCAGAAUACCCGGGACCUUUAAGGGAGAGAGGCUGAGUCGCUUUGGCUUUUGCACUGAAACCACAGGAAGUGUCACCUUUAAUCUGCACUGCCUCCAGCAAGCCAGGGCCUUUGUUGAUGCCACCAUGUUGAAGAAGAGGAGGCAGAAGGUUUUUGACCAGCUGGGAGGAUUUAGUCAGCAAGGAGCUGUUUGCACCAUCCUGGAGGCCUUCCAGAGGGCCAGGAGAAAGAUGCAAGAAGCCAGAGAAAGUCUUCCAAGAGACCUUGUCAACACCACCUCCCAAUUCCAGGCUGAAUCCUCUGCAUAGGCAUGAAAACCGUACACAAGUUGGGCCCGCUUUUGGUGCACAUCCGAGUGCGAUUGCGGCAUCUGCACCUGCCCAAACAACCGCACCAAGGGAAAACCAACUCUAGUGUGAUUUAACUGAACUAAAUAAGGCAGGGGUGAAAGCCUCCAUGUUGUGUUUUGGUGAAAGGACUGUGAUGUACUGUAACAAGUCAGAGAGAAGGAAACUGUCUUUUUGCAAUUUAGUUUUUGUAAAGAAUAAGGCUUGUAAGGUGAUUAUUGAGUAAAUAUUGAUUUUUGUGCUAAAUAAUAUGGAGCAAAGCCAAUAUGCCUACUGAAUGUGGCAUCACCAUGUAAUGUAUUCUUUGUACAGUCACUGUUUGUCUCAGAUUUGGGGUCAAGUGUAUUUU